UAGAAACUGAAACAUUGAACCUUUAACUUCUAUAUUUCUUUCUUUCUACUCCGAUCAACAAUCAAAACAUGAUAUCAUUUUGGACAAGAAGAAGAGCCGGCCAUCGUGCCGGUAAGCACGAGCUCUCCGGUGGCAAUCUCGACAUGGAGCUCACGAUUCCUACUCAUUUCCGAUGCCCCAUCUCUCUUGAUUUGAUGAAAGAUCCUGUUACGCUAACCACAGGCAUCACAUAUGAUCGAGAGAGCAUCGAAAAGUGGAUCGAAGCCGGUAACCACAAGUGUCCAGUCACAAAUCAGGUUCUGAGAAGCUUUGAUCAAAUACCAAAUCAUGCUAUACGAAAGAUGAUUCAAGAUUGGUGCGUGGAGAACAGAUCAAAUGGCGUUGAAAGGAUACCCACGCCUAUAAUUCCGGUGACCCAACACGAGGUUUUGGAGAUUGGUUCAAGAAUUAUGGUUGCAAGUCGAGUUGGGGAUGGGAAAAAGUGCCAAGAAUUGGUGGGAAAGAUGAAGAGACGGGCGAGAGAGAGCAAACGGAACAAGAAGUGCGUGGUGGACAAUGGAACUGGCUGUGUUUUAGCAGCCUCAUUUGAGUCUUUUGCUACUAUGUCAAUGGAGAAACAUGCUGGUUUGUUAAUGGAGAUCUUGUCAGCAUUGGUGUGGGUGUUUCCACUUGGUGCAGAAGGCCAAUCCAAGCUCAGUUCAGCCCCGUCUUUACGCUGCAUGGCAUGGUUCUUGAAUGGGGAAGAUCUCUCUGCAAGGCAAAAUGCAGUUAUAGUCCUAAAAGAGCUAUUCUCUUUGGAUCAGCAACAUGUUACCGCAUUCGCGGAGAUUGAUGGUGUCGUUGAAGCAUUGGUUAGGGUAAUUGAGGAGCCCAUUUGCCCUACAGCCACAAAAGCUUCCCUAAUGGCUAUAUACCACAUGAUUUCCCCAUCUGCAAUAAGUGAAAAAAUGGCAAGAAGGUUUGUGGAGUUGGGUUUGAUUUCCUUGAUUUUGGAAAUUCUUGUUGAUGCUGAAAGAGGCAUAAGUGAGAAGGCUCUAGGAGUUUUAGAGGGUUUAUGUGGUUGUGAUGAAGGGAGAGAAAAGGCUCGAAAUCACGGUCUGGCUGUGCCGGUGUUGGUUAAGAAGAUUUUACGAGUCUCAGAUAUGGCGACAGAGUUUUCCGUCUCUGCUCUCUGUAAGUUAUGCAAGACUGAAGAGGGUGUUAUUGUUGAGGCACUUCAAGUGGGUGCUUUUCAGAAGCUGUUGCUUGUGCUACAGGUGGGUUGUGGUGAGAGAACAAAGGAAAAGGCUACUGAGUUGUUGAAAUUGUUGAAUCAUUACAAAGAUAGGUUAUCAUGUUUUGAUUCAUCAAUGGAUUUCAAGUAUCUCAAAAGGUCAUAUUAAUUUGUAAUAUAUCAUUUUUUUUUUUUUUUUGUUAGGUCAGAGAAGAUGUACAAACACACAAAGUAUUAUGGAAUUACAGAGUUGUAAAAAGCUAUUCAUUCUUUCCACAAGCUUUAAUGAGUAUGCUAGAUUUUUGAGAAUUUAUCUAUGUUCUAACUGCUACAUGUUUAUCAAGAAGUGAUUUAUGGACAAGCACUUUCAUGGAAUAGCUUC